AUGGCUUCUUUGUCUUCAAUGCAGAUGGUUCACACUUCUCAGAUUGUUGUUAAGUCGCAGUUAGUUUCAGCAAAACCAGUUUCCUCUGGUUCUGCAUUGUCUUCGAGACUACACUACGCAGCAAGUUUCCCUCUUAAGAAGCAAUUCUCCGGAGCUUAUGCAACCAUCAAGAACCAAAGAACAGUUUGUGUUAAAUCAAUGGCUGCUGAGGAAGAAGAAGUGAUAGAACCUCAGGCUAAAGUGACAAACAAGGUUUACUUUGAUGUUGAGAUUGGUGGUGAAGUUGCUGGAAGGAUUGUGAUGGGUCUUUUUGGUGAAGUCGUGCCUAAAACCGUUGAGAACUUCCGUGUCUUGUGUACUGGUGAGAAGAAGUAUGGUUACAAAGGUUCUUCCUUCCAUCGUAUUAUUAAAGAUUUCAUGAUCCAAGGAGGUGACUUCACCGAGGGAAAUGGUACUGGAGGUAUUAGUAUCUAUGGUAAAAACUUCGAAGAUGAAAACUUCACCUUGAAGCAUACUGGACCUGGAAUCUUGAGUAUGGCAAACGCUGGUCCUAAUACUAAUGGAAGCCAGUUCUUCAUUUGCACUGUCAAGACUCCAUGGUUAGAUAACAAGCAUGUUGUGUUUGGACAAGUCAUUGAAGGUAUGAAGCUUGUGCGAACACUUGAAGCUCAGGAGACACGCGCCUUCGAUGUUCCUAAGAAAGGCUGCAGAAUCUAUGCCUGUGGAGAGCUCCCUCUUGAAGGUUGA